AUCUUUUCUGAUACUUUAGUUGCAAGGUAUUCCAUUGUUUGUUGGCAGCAUAGUUAAUUAAAUAUGAUCAAUUAGUACCAUUUGCUUAUUCUAAUACUCUUUGAGCAUCCUAUUCUUGACUUCUUGCAACAACUUUCUAACCCCAUAUGUAAAUUAAGAUUAACGGUAGAAAAAAAUAAAUGGUUCAAAAGAGCUGCAAAGACAAUGAUGUAGACGGAAUUCAAUCUCAGCUUUUGGAUAUCUCCACAAUUUCCCAAACACUUUAAGUCUUUAACCAAACUAAUUGGUAUAGUACUAUUUACUUGUGAUUUUUUUUUAUUUUAAUUUUUUACUUAGAAUUAUUUUAUACUCCAUACUCCGUAUAUGUUUCCCUUUUACUCUCGUAUGUCCUUUUAUUUUGAACUGUAUUGGUUUCUGUCUAGAAAGUAGAAACUUAUCUGGGUAGAGCUCAGCCCAGUAACCCAGUCAACGCGAAAACAAAUACUAUCCGGAUCCAAUUUCUCGGCCAUUUUCAAUUUCACCCAUCAACAUAGCUCAUUCACUAUCUCUCUCUGUAUCCUCUCAACUUCUCACAUUCAAAUCAACCCAUCAUCAAAUUUCAUUGAACAUCAGUAACAAUCCAAAAUUUUCCACUUUAACCAAAUUAAUAACAAAAAAAUCACACAAAUUGAGCAAUUUUCCAAAUAUAUUUACAAUCUUUACCCACAUUUUAUGAACUCUUCUUCACAUCCUUUCUUCUUAUAUUCAUCUUAAUUAUUACAUAUUCAAAUUGAUAUACUGAUUGAAUUUCUUUACUCUUGUUCUAAUUUCUCUAUUAUACUUGAUGGGUCGUUUUCCAUUUUGUUUAAAAUUGGGAGGAACUAAAGUUAUAGAAUUUAUGCCCUACUUAUCAUCCAAUCUUUGCCCAAAAAGGGCAAUUUCUUUUUCAAUUAAACCCCACCAAAACCCAAUUGUAUCAUAUACAAGGAAUUUGCCAAAUUUAAGGGUUUAUCAUCAAAGAAUUCUGGGGUUUUCUUCUGCUGCAGGUGAGAAAAUUGGAAGUGUGUGUGAUAAUCAUGGUGAAAAUGGAGCUGGGUUUUUGAAAUUAUCAGAUGAACAAUUGAUGGGUCAAUGCGAAAUGGAGACAUUCAAGUCUUCUGGGCCAGGUGGGCAGCAUCGAAACAAGAGAGAGAGUGCUGUUCGUCUUAAACAUCUUUUAACUGGGGUUAUUGCUCAGCUGAGGAUCGAUCACAGCAUAUGAAUCGUGCCUCGGCAUUAGCCCGGCUUCGCGCUCUUUUAGCUCUUAAAGUAAGAAGACCUGUGAAUCUCAAUGCUUAUUCUCCUCCACCAGAGCUUCUUCAAAUUCUUCCAACAAAAUCUACUAUCAGGGGAUCAGAAUGCGGUCCACAAAUUAAAUCCAAUAAUCCAAAAUUUGUUGAGGGUAUGCAAGCAUUAUUAGAUUUAAUCUAUGCAGUUGAAGGUUCUGUAUCAGAUGCUUCCAAGUACUUGGGGAUGAGCACAGGGGCACUGUCACGGCUUAUCCUCUCUGAUGACAGCCUUCGAGGGGCAGUAAAUGAGUUAAGAGCUUCGAAGGGAAUAAAGCCUCUUAGAUAACAUCGACUUCCUAGGUAGGUUAUUUGCACCUCUUCUGUAUCAAUUUUUCGUUUUGAAUUUAUUUUGGAACUCACAUGUGUAGUAUAAAGCUUUCAUGUUUGCUACCAUUUGACUUUACUGCUUGACAGAUCUCCAAAAGCCAUAAGAAGACGAGAAGUAACUUUUUUUUUUUUUUUGGGUGAAAGUGAUUGUACAACUUUUUAUCUUCCAUGAAUUCCAAACGUGCUGGACUGCUGGUUAUUUUCAGGACUGCAUCGAGAGUUUGAUGUUUUUUCCGGUUAUGGAAAACUGGAUCGCCUGACUGGUAAAAAAUUUGGAAUUGGUACUCCGCUUUAAAGACCAUGAACUAGGUUCUAUUGGCUCAUGAGUGAUCGGAUAUCGUUGAACCAUUUAAUUUAGCAAUAUCAACCAGAGUACUACCCCUGCGUACAGGUUGAGCGAGGAUAAGCCUUGGGGUAAAGAAGCUUGGAGGAGAACAGCUACUAUCAAUUAUCACUGCCCACUUCAAUUUUUGGAUUUUUGGCCUGUGUUAAAUCCUGUUCAUUUUUUAUUUUAUUUUUUUUUUUUUU